GUGCCCACCGAAUGUUGAUGCCAGUCGCAAUCGGGUUCUCGGCACGGUCGCCAACGUUUCGAUUUUCAGUGCGUCGCGACGGAUUCUCAGCAUCUCUUGGCUUAACCACCCGCACAAGAAGUUCUUCCGUUGACUAAAAAACUUACACACAAGUGGUUAGUUUCCUAUCGUCGCCUGCUUCGAUCAGUAAACAAAUUCGGAACGGAAUCGGUCUGUCGCAGUAGUGUGUGUACGCAGGAAGAAGUAAAGAAGUAGAACGACCGUGCUUAGCUGUGAAUAUACGUGUGAAAACAUACAACACUGCUAGUGAGAUUUGAAAUAGUCGCAAUACAAAAAAUACCAUCGCAUAUCGACAGAGAGUGUAGAGAAGAAUAUCAAUUACAAAUUUACAUCAACAGCAUUCUGCGAUAAAUCACAGAAAAUUACGCACAAGAAGAGCGUACGAAGUCUGGCUACCGACAUCAGUGUGCUGUUUCGCGUGUAUGCCGUGCCCAUCAGAGUAGGCGGUGCACUUCUUCCCAUAUCCCGCUGCCAGAAGCCUACUGCAAUCUAGUGAAUAAAUACAUACGUGCAACGUGCUAAAUGUCAACCGAGUAGGCCGUGACAACAACAGAGAAACCUGCAGCAGACGGACCUGAUUCGAAAAACACAAAAAGAUUGCUGAAGCAAACCGGUAGCGCGCACAUAUCAUGCAACGCAAUUAAAAGUCAUAUCACUUGCGCCGUUCCCCGCCGCCACAAGAUGAGUUACGCCCCGUGAAGGGUUUCGCGCAUGAGGAGUUCUGAGACGAGCAGAAAGAAGACGCCGCCCACUUGGACCGCGGACUCGGAGCUGCGAUUAGCGUUAGAUUAGCGAAGAACACUAGAUUGUAAGUUUGAAGUACUUGACAAGAGGAUCAGAAGGACAAGCACAGACACUGCAAAAUGGGACUGAUAGGAAGGCGGAGAUCAUCGUUCUUGAAGAUUAUCGCCUUGUUGGCUGUGGUGUGGUUUAUGGUGGUGUUUGUGCUGUACUCGGACGAUGGCAGCGGAGGAAGCAAUAGUAGAGUAGGUGGUCCUAGCGGAGGAGGUGAAAGUGCAUUUGAGGCCCCCAGAAGGUUACCUUUACAAGGUAUUAGAGAAAAGUUCAACCAGUUCAUCAUCGAUGCCCGAGAGGAUGCCAACAAGGAUGACUUGGGUCAGGAUGGAGUGGAUUUAGAUGUGGAUAAUAAUAUUGAACGAGAUGGAGAUGUAAAGUACAAGACGGUGGAAGCUAAGCGAAAAAUUCCACCCAAAAGUAGGAAACGAAACGAGAACGCACCAGAAUUCGAAGGAGUGAUUGCACCACCUCACGAGGACAGCCCGGAUUCGCCGGGUGCCAUGGGUAAACCAGUCGUACUGCCAAAGGACAUGUCUCCGGAGAUGAAGAAAGCCGUCGAUGACGGUUGGUCCAAGAAUGCGUUCAACCAGUAUGCAGCUGAUCUGAUCUCAAUUCGGCGAAGCCUUCCAGAUCCUCGGGAUCCCUGGUGCAAGGAACCGGGACGCUACGGGACCGAUCUUCCGGCUACAUCUGUGAUCAUCUGCUUCCACAAUGAGGCCUGGUCGGUACUGCUGAGAACCGUUCACUCGGUUCUCGAUCGCUCGCCCGAACAUCUAGUCAAAGAGGUGAUCCUGGUCGAUGACUUCUCCGAUAUGCCACACACUCAAAAACAGCUUGAAGACUACUUUGAGGCGUACCCGAGGGUGAAGAUCAUCCGAGCACCCAAGCGAGAGGGACUUAUUCGAGCACGAUUGCUAGGAGCCCGCUACGCCACUGCUCCUGUACUGACCUACUUGGAUUCGCAUUGCGAAUGUACCACUGGAUGGCUGGAACCGUUGUUGGAUCGCAUUGCGCGAAACUCCACGACCGUCGUUUGUCCAGUUAUCGACGUCAUCGAUGACAACACGAUGGAGUACCAUUAUCGAGACUCGGGUGGUGUCAAUGUAGGCGGUUUCGAUUGGAAUCUGCAGUUCAAUUGGCAUGCUGUGCCGGAUCGAGAGAAGAAAAGGCACAAGAGCACAGCCGAACCCGUGUUUUCUCCUACGAUGGCCGGUGGGUUGUUCUCGAUCGAUAAGGAGUUCUUCGAACGGCUCGGAACGUACGAUUCCGGGUUCGACAUCUGGGGUGGUGAGAAUUUGGAGCUUUCGUUCAAAACGUGGAUGUGCGGUGGUACGCUGGAAAUCGUACCGUGCUCGCACGUGGGUCACAUCUUCCGAAAGCGUUCGCCUUACAAGUGGCGAACGGGAGUCAAUGUGAUCAAACGUAACUCUGUGCGAUUGGCAGAAGUGUGGUUGGACGAAUACGCCAAAUACUACUACCAGCGGAUCGGCAACGAUAAGGGAGACUACGGAGACGUGUCCGAGCGGAAACAGCUUCGCGAGAACUUGGGCUGCAAACCCUUCCGGUGGUACCUGGAUAACAUCUUCCCGGAGCUGUUCAUUCCUGGCGAGGCGGUUGCUUCGGGAGAGGUAGCGAAUCCGUGGUCAGGUUUGUGUAUUGAUUCGGCCGCCAAGCCCGAGGAUAUGCACACUCCACUUGGCGUUUGGCCUUGCCAUCAGGCAGGCGGAAAUCAGGUUGGGUCACAAACACUAAACGUUAUGAGCACACAAUACUGGAUGCUGAGCAAAACGGGUGAAAUCCGCCGAGACGAAGCCUGCUUGGAUUAUGCAGGACAGGACGUGAUACUUUAUCCCUGCCACGGCUCCAAGGGCAACCAGUAUUGGAACUACUCGCCGGAUUCGCACCUGCUGCGGCACGGAUCUUCGGACAAAUGUCUGGCCAUCAACGAGAGCAAGCAGAAACUCAUCAUGGCCGACUGCGAUUCGACGGUUGACGCACAGAAAUGGCAGUUCCAGAACUACGAUCGCAGUAAGCUGUGAGAAGGGACCCCAUCCGAUUGAUAAACGACAACAUUUGCCAAUAUGUGUUGGAAGAGUUUAGGGACGUGUAUAGAAAUGGCGAUUGCUGAAUGAGUAGAAAGAAAAUGGCGCAAUCGGUAAUCGACUUAUUAUUAUUUUUAUUUCCCACGCGCAUGGCUGAGUCCAGAGUCCUAGUUAGUUGAAUGAUUUUAAUGUGAUUUUUGCGUUAAUUUAUUGUUAGAAACAGAAAAACUGUAGAAGAAAGCUCCUCGUAAAAAGGUUUCCUCCGACUACGAACCAAACAUAAACGAGGAAGAUACAUUAUGUUCGCUCCAUUCCAAAUAAGUAAGCAAACUGCCAUAUCUUCCCGACCAAUUAAUCUAAACCACAGCCUUCCUAUAUUUCUUUUACUAAUUUUAUGUACCUAUCCAUAAAAACGAAAGAUUUCAUAUUUUGCUCGCAUUCUUGCGUUUUCGCACAAAAUGACAAUCGCAAUUCUGAAAUACAUUUAAAAGUUUCGUUCUUCCAUCGAUUUCUAUUUUUGUGCGCUCGUCAGCACAAAUCAAUCAGAGAUCUUUCACCCGCCUGCUACGAUUCUGUUCUUUGACAGUCAAUCAGACGCGCCGUGGCCUACUGCCAGGCUCACUGUAGCGUUUUUUUUUAGUAAUUCUCCUCAGUUUUGUUUAGUCUUUCCCGGAAUGGAUAUCGACAAAGUUGCUCAAAUCACCAAGGUGGAACCAAGCAGAAAAGGAAACCCUAUACAUUCCAAUAGAAGUACCACUAUUAAACAUCACAUAAAGUAGUUAUAAUAGUAAGCCAAACUGGAUAGUCGAACGCUAAAUACUUAAAGAAAAUUGAUAGCUGCUGCCAUUCGGCUGUACACCGUUCAAACAUAUCAAAGUACGACAUUCAGAACUGCUACGAAGAUGAGGAGGAAAGAGUUUGCCAUAGAUGAACUGAUUUUCUUCGAGCUUUCGUUAGUUUUUUAAACUUAAACUUAUCACAAAACAAGCAUACACAGACACAAACUGACAUAUCCGAGAGAGAGAGAGAGAAGAAAGCAAGAGAAUACAAUUCUUCCCGUUGAUAAUUUUAAAGAAGUAACUCCAUCACAAGAGACUAUCGAACUGUUUACUUAUACAAAACUGAUUGUUUUAUUUCUACAGUAGUUAAAAUGUAAAAACAAACCCUAGGAAUGUGAUUCGUUUUCUUUGUUCUAUUCCUGUAAUCAACCCGAAAAAAAAAACGAGAUUGAAACUAUCAGAAGGAAAUAUGGAAUUUCCUGAUCAAAACGUGAACAGAUAUGCAAUUGAGAAGUUCGAUCGAGGAACAUUUGAGAUAGAAUGUCUGCGAGAAAGAGUUGGAAUGAAUGAGAGUUUUUCUACAUGUGCCUUGUAAAUUAUUAUUAUUAUUAAUAUUAUCAUAUCCGUAAACAGUUGUAGAAUGAAACACUGAAAACACUGACGUAUCAAGUCUAUCAAUUAAAUAUAGCUGACCUUCAAGAAUGUUGUUUCUUCAAAACAGAAAGCUGGAAGCAAAACAAGUUGAACUUACAUUGUAGUUAUACAAAGCAGAAGCAAGUAAAACAAUUAUCAAACAAACCCUUUCCUAUAUCUUGAAAUGCGAUAGGUAAAGAUACUUGUGUAAAUACAUAUCCUCGGUUUAGUUUUAAGUCAAAUGAAAUGGAAGAAAAUGUGUAAACAAAUUAAAUCUACGGAACUCUUCGCUGCAAUAACAAGUAUGGAAAGAAACAGAAACAAUUUAGCACGAGUAAUGAUGCAAUUAUGGAAUAAAGAAAACACAUUACGAUGAAAGAUUUAAA